UUCACUGCCCUAAAGAGAACUUAGCCUGCCGGAAGCUGGUUGUUCGCUGAGGCGACCAGCGCGGGAAAGCGCGGUGGCGACGCGCUGUGUUCUCGCCGCUCAGAGGCGGGUCUGAGGCUCGGUGGCGGCGCCCAGGGUGGCCUGGGCCCUCUCGGUCGUUGUCUCACCGCUAGCUCUACCCAUAGGCCCCGAUGGCGGCGGCCGCGCUGAGGGACCCAGCUCAGGUUCCUGUGACUGCGGAGUUGCUUACAGACCAUGAGGAGGGCUAUGUGACCUUUGAGGACGUGGCUGUCUACUUCUCCCAGGAGGAAUGGAGAUUGCUGGAUGAGGCUCAGAAACUCCUCUAUCGCAAUGUGAUGCUGGAGAACUUUUCGCUUCUGGCCUCUCUGGGACUUGCAUCUUCCAAGACCCAUGAAAUAACCCAGCUGGAGUCAUGGGAGGAGCCCUUCAUGCCUGCUUGGGAAGUUGUGACUUCAGCCACACCGAGAGGUUGUUGGCAUGGAGCCAAGGCUGAGGAGGCUCCUGAGCAGAGUGCUUCUGUAGAAGUGCUCGGUUCAAACGUUCAGCAACACCAGAAGCAGUACUGUGGAGAGAAACCCUUAAAAAGACAAGAGGGCAGGGUCCCAGUUUUGAGGAGUUGCAGAGUCCACCUAUCAGAGAAGUCCUUGCAAAGCAGGGAAGUUGGGAAGGAUCUCCCGACCAGCUCAGGUGUUCUCAAGCACCAGAUGACGCACACGGGAGAGAAGUCACAUAGGAGCUCCAAAAGUAGGGAGGCCUUUCAUGCUGGAAAAAGGCAUUACAAAUGCAGUGAAUGUGGGAAAGCCUUUGGUCAGAAAUAUUUACUUGUUCAGCACCAGAGACUACACACUGGGGAAAAGCCUUAUGAAUGCAGUGAAUGUGGGAAGUUAUUUAGCCAUAAGUCCAACCUUUUUAUACACCAAAUAGUUCACACUGGAGAAAGGCCUUAUGGGUGUAGCGAUUGUGGAAAAUCCUUUAGCCGUAAUGCUGACCUCAUUCAACACCAGAGAGUUCACACUGGAGAAAAGCCUUUUACAUGCAGUGAAUGUGGAAAAGCUUUCAGGCAUAAUUCCACACUUGUUCAGCAUCACAGAAUCCACACUGGAGUAAGGCCUUAUGAGUGCAGUGAAUGUGGAAAAUUGUUUAGUUUCAACUCCAGCCUCAUGAAACAUCAGAGAGUUCACACUGGAGAAAGACCUUAUAAGUGCACUGAAUGUGGAAAAUUCUAUAGCCACAAGUCCAGCCUUAUCAAUCAUUGGCGUGUUCACACUGGAGAAAGGCCUUAUGAGUGCAGGGAAUGUGGGAAAUUUUUUAGCCAAAGCUCAAGCCUCAUGCAACAUCGAAAAGUUCACACUGGAGAAAAGCCUUUUAAGUGCAAUGAAUGUGGGAGAUUCUUUAGUGAGAAUUCCAGCCUUGUUAAACACCAGAGGGUUCACACUGGAGCAAAGCCUUAUGAGUGCAGGGAAUGUGGGAAAUUUUUUCGCCACAGCUCCAGUCUUGUUAAACAUCGAAGGAUUCACACUGGGAAAUACAAUGAUUGUGGGAAAUCCUUUAGCUGUCGUUUCAACCUCAUUCAACACCAGAAAGUUAACACUGUAAAAAAGUCUUGAGGGUUACAAAUGGAAAUCCAUUAGCUACACCUCCAAACUCAUUCAACACUGGACAGUUCACAGAAUGGACAAUGUAGUGAAUAUGGUAAAAGGCCUCAGCCAAAGGCCUAACCCUAUUCAACACCAGAAAGUUUAGACUGGAGAAAGGCCUUAGACUGUUGCUGAAUCAAUAUGACCUGACUUAAAGCAGAAACAGCCGGGCGCGGUGGCUCACACCUGUUAUUCCCAGCACUUUGGGAGGCUGAAGCGGGUGGAUCACA